AGCGAGUGAAAGCGAGGGAGGGAAGCAGCGAGGGAGCGAGAGAAAUACGGAGGGAGGGAGAGAGAGAGAGAGGGAGAGAGAGCAUAAGCCAGAGAGCUAGCAGGAUACAGACAGGCAGCUCUACAAGCAUGUUUGCUGUAAACAAUGGCAAACAAAGCGCAGAGAGAUGGACAGGAAGACGGAUCCAGGCAGGAGGGGCUUCUUCUGAUCGUGGGAGAUGCUGAGGGGAGGAUGGGACCAGCGGACAGACAUCUGAGACCCUCGGUAGCCUGGGAUUAAACAGUAUGCUGGACAAGGGAGAGGUGAGCUCUUUGGCCCCCCCCACCGUGGUCAGCCAUGGCGGUUCGGACAGCAAUGUAAGCUCGGAGCCCCCAGAGGCCACCGAUCCUCAGCGUGCACGAGCGGCCAUCGAGCACCUGCAGCAGAAGAUCCUGAAGAUCACAGAGCAGAUCCGCGUGGAGCAGGAGGCACGUGAUGAAAACGUGGCCGAGUACCUGAAGCUGGCCCACAACGCGGACAAGCAGCAGGCCUCCCGCAUCAAGCAGGUCUUUGAGAAGAAGAAUCAGAAAUCGGCACAAACCAUUGCACAACUGCACAAGAAGCUUGAGAACAACCACAGGAAGCUGAAGGAGAUCGAGCAGAAUGGUCCCAGCCGUCAGCCCAAGGAUGUCCUGCGGGACAUGCAGCAGGGCCUGAAGGACGUGGGGGCCAACGUGAGAGCAGGCAUCAGCGGAUUCGGCGGCGGGGUGGUGGAAGGGGUCAAAGGGGGCGUGUCCGCCCUGUCCCACACAGCAGUGGUCUCCAAGCCGAGGGAAUUUGCCAGCUUGAUCCGCAACCGGUUCGGCAGCGCGGACAACAUCGCACAGCUGAAAGACACGUUGGAGGACUCAUGCUCUGAGGAGACCCCCCGGACCCUCAGCGGCAGCGUGACGCUGGUGUCCAGCCCCAAGUACGGCAGCGACGACGAGUGCACGAGCACCUCAGGGUCAGCUGCCGGAAGCAACUCCGGAGCAGGAGGCAUGGCAAGCCUGGCCGCCGACACGGGCAGCCCCAAGUCCGGCAAACUGGAUGGCCACCACCACACACACAGCUCCUGGGACACCCUCAUGGAGGAGCUGCGGGACAUCAAGGCCAGCCAAGGCCACCUGGAGGAUGCCAUUGACGACAUGAAAACACAACUCCAGAGCGACUACUCCUACAUGACCCAGUGCCUACAGGAGGAGAGAUACAGGUACGAGAGACUGGAGGAACAGCUCAACGACUUGACAGAGUUGCACCAGAAUGAAAUGAGCAACCUGAAGCAGGAGCUGGCAAGCGUGGAAGAGAAGGUUGCCUACCAGUCCUACGAAAGGGCCAGAGACAUUCAGGAGGCGGUGGAGUCGUGCCUGACGCGGAUCACCAAGCUGGAGCUCCAGCAACAGCAGCAAGUGGUCCAGCUGGAGGGCGUCGAGAACGCCAACGCUCGAGCCCUCCUGGGCAAGCUCAUCAACGUCAUACUGGCCCUCAUGGCCGUGCUGCUGGUCUUCGUGUCCACGGUGGCCAAUUUCAUCACGCCGCUGAUGAAGACGCGCGAGCGAGUGGCCGCCACAGCGCUGCUGGCCCUAACACUCAUCCUGCUGUGGAAGCACUGGGACAUCCUGACAGCGUGGCUCCCGUUCGGCUGAGCACCCCCCCCCAGUCCGUGAAGACAACAUGACUGCUCUGAGGGAUGAGGUGGGGGUAGGAGGAUGGUGUGAUGGUGUCCCCUUCCUCUUCUUCCCCCCCUCCCUUCCACCUGUACUCAUCUGUUUUCCAGCACUCCAUCCACCGGGUCAGAAACAUGUGACAGCUUCUGGUAAAUGUUCCUCAAAGGCCAACACAGACACAAACCUCACACAGCUGCUUCGCGUGGGAAGGGUUAGUGAAUCUAUGACUAAUAGUUUGAACAGGGCUUUGAUAGUGAUCAUAUUAUUUCCUGGUUUGUGUAAGGUGGGUAUUGAUGGCAGUAAUGGGGAUAAUGGAAAUGCAACUGGAAAGUUUUCAGACAGUUUCACGUCGCCGUUUGUAACACAAGUGACUUUCUUCACCCACAGCAUUCCGAUUUACAAAGGUGUCUGCAAGCCACAAUGUAUCACAUUUCACUAUGCCGGCAGACAUUCAACCAACAGUAAUAGCCCAGGAGGUCAGUUACCAAAUUCCAGGAAUAUGCUGUAUAGAUCAUACUAAAAGGAACUGACAUUUGCCUUAACUGUAUGUAAUAUAUUUAUUUUAAAAAGGAAAUAAAAACAAAGGCAAUCAGGUUACUUAAAACUAUAUCUUUGAUGAAAAUUGGUUUCAUAGACUUUAGGCAAAUGUGCAAUUUCUUUUUUUUUAAUUUCAUUGAAAAUUCAUAAAAUCACCCAUUUGAUUCUGGGUGAUUAAAAUACUGAAACAGAGAGAAACCAAGGUUGUACUUCGAGUAUCGUUUUGUAUGACUGUUAUAGGUACUAUUAACACAGUUUUCAAGAAGAAUUUUGCUUCAAUGACAAGAAACCGUUUUCCACACUGUCACUGUCUAAUUCAUGCCACGAACCUGCAAUAAUCCGAAUACACGCAUUGUCAACUCAUUGUAAUAAUAACUGAUAUACAGAAGUCCUUUUACAUUUUCAGUGCCAGCAUGAUUAAGCACCAUUAAUUUUUGCUUCCACGACACUCGCAUCACUGUGGGCGCCGUUUAUGCGUUACUUUUGUACUUUAUUUUUCAAGCCAGUAUUGAUAAAAAGCUGGAGAACGUGGUGGGAUUUUCUGUUAUAACAUUAACGACAGAUCGCGAGAUGACUACCACUUUUAUCAAUAUAGGAUCCACGAAGAGAGGCAUGUAUUUCAUUUGAAAUAAUUAAAAUACACUUAGGAUUUACAUUCAGAUUGAUUUAAGAUUGGAAGAUGUAUUUGUCCAAAUCGACUCAUAACUUUGUUAAACAACUUUUUAAUAAUCUUUCUGCUCAAGCAGCAUAAUGAUAACGCACAGAUGCUUCGUGACAUUAUAUUCUGUGCUUAUCAAAGGCCUUCAGUUUAAUGGCUAUUUUCUAUCGCUUAAAAGAUUACAAAAGUGCGUGGUACAAUUUUAGAAAAGGGGCAACCACGACGCCUAUGGUGUAUGUAGCAGAAACAGGUAUUUUCUAGGAACGUAUUUCCUGGUGUAGUUACAUGCAUAAAGUUAAAUGCAUAACGUUGACCUGGUAUUUCGACAGUUCCGAUAAAAAUAAUUUUAAACACUCUUAGACAUGCUACCAUCAAACUAUUAAAAAACAGGAUCAAAAUAUAGACGAGCUUAUCCAAGGGAAAAUAUCAAGGAUUUAAGGACUAGAAAGUUUUAUACAAUGUAAAGACAAUUAAUUGUAUAGUGUAGAUAGCAGUACGCUUAUAUGGGAAAUGGGAGACGUUUGUUCAAUAUAAUGCAAAAAAAAUACAUAAUAUAAGCUGAAAAGUUAUAGUUUGAAUUGUACAUUUAUUUCGUGUGAUAAUGAAAUGAGUCAUUAAGAAAAUGGCAAAUGGAGUUUUUUUGGUUGAGCCAUAAGUGCUGUUUAUAAGGUCAGCAAAGAGGUUGUGUGGAAUAUUGUCUAGGUGUUUGGAGGGAUGCCUGGGCAACACUGACUAAAAGCAUUAAUGGUGGAUAAAUUAUGGGAAUAUAAUCGGAAAUGAGUUUAAUGACCGGUUUGAUUUGAAUUCAUUCAUCGACACAACUUUGAUAAUCGCGAAACAGUUUAUCAAUUUAAGUAAAACAAAGACAGAGAAUUAUCUAUUAUAAAUAUUAUAAAACCUCUCACCCAGUUGCUUAAUCUGUUGAAACAAAAUCGCAUAUAUUAAAUCAAUUUCAACAAUUCAAGUUUUCAUGUGCGCUCAUUGAUAAUGGGCAGAAUCAAGAUUUUAAUGGUUUUCCUUUUCCCCCCCCACAGAAGCAGUUGUAGUUCUGGUAAACUGAUUUAAUUCCUUCAAGUGCCACCCCAUCUCCAAGAAGUCCACAUUUAUACACGUAGCUGAGAAAGCUGGAUGGGUAUUUUACACGAGGCUGCCCCCCAGUGGUCAAACAUAAAAUGCAUUUUUUUUGUCGUACGUGACGAUUACUGAAAUCUAACACAAACUACCUUUCCUGUGUUUGUUCAUAUUUUCAGAAUCUCUUUCAAAAAGAAAUGGGCGCCUUAUGAUUCACAUUUUAACAAUGUGAUCACAGAACGGUAAGAAAAAAUAAAUAAAUCAAUUUUGUCCCAAAACGGCACCCGAUGCACUUCAGCAAAAUAUAGUCUGGGUUCCCACAUGUCGGCGAAUUUGACUCUAACAUGAACAGGGCUAUUCUGUGCCAAAUUAGUCAGUGUCUAUAAUUCCUUAUACCUUGUAUACUGGACAAUUUUUAAAAAUAAAAGUACGGCCAGUAUCUCGAUAUUGAGUUUGUCGU